GUGUGUGUGUACGUGCUGUGUUGCGUACAUAUAGAGAUGCAGAGUGAUUUAGGUCAUUUAGAAUGAAAGGACGUUUUAGCUGAAUGUUUCUCAUGUUUCAGUGAUUUGAAACAUGAAUGUAUCGCUCGUAGCUUCAAUGAGUUUUAUCUGUUAGGAGCAAGAGUCAAUAUAUUUCAGUAUUGUUUUUAAGAUGUUUGAGUCUGAGUGUAUUUGUGAUUAUUUUUAAAGUGGACUACCACUAAAUUUGAAAUAUGUCUCCUUUUAACCACAAGAAUGACAUAAAAAGCAGAAUUUGGAAAUUAAGUGGUAUUUCUCUUUAAGGGAACUUCUCCAAACUCUCUCUGUCUCUCUCUCUCUCUCUAUCUCUCGCUCUCUCGCUCUAUCUCUCUGUCUCUAUCUCUAUCUCUCGCUCUGUCUGUCUCCGUCUCUCUCUUUCUUUCUCUCACUCUCUCUCUCAGAGAAAAUCAAGCACACGUGUACUCACAUACAUUCGUGCACACAGAGUGGAGUAGGGAGAGGUUUGCUGGAUUCAAGAGCGGGUGCAUUCCUGGCUAUAAUGGGCUAACUAGCGCACACACACGCACACACGCACACACACACACACACACACACACACACACACACACACACACACACAGUAUCUCUCCACUGAAAGCAGAGACAGACAGAGUCAGGCCAGUCCGACUUGGGUUGAUUCUUUAGAACAAAUCUCAAACCAUGUGAGCGAAUAUGCAGCAAUACAAACAAUGGACUUCACAGUACAGACUAAGAAAUAUGUAUAAAAAUAUACAGAACUGAAACAAUUUAAGUAAUCUGCUGAUUUAAGUGCAAGAAACAAGUUAGACAAAGUUAAAGAAACAGUUUGAAAUCAGCUGGAAACAUUUAAUCAUUGCACGCAGGGAAACAUUGGAAAGACUUUCUGGAUAAAUAAAAAAGCGAAAUGUUUUCUAGUUGCUGAAAUGUGUUUUAUUGAACAAACCAUGGCCGAUGAAAGCCACAUUUUGCUGAAAUGCAAUGUUGUAUAUGAUCAGUUUAUCUAAUGAAACCCAUGUUAGCAGCAGCAACCAGAGCGUUUGCUUUUAUUUCAGGUCAUAUAAAGGUAUUGUUAGCGGCACAUUAAAGGCUUUCCUUUUCUUUCAUGUGAAACAUAAAUCAUGCACAGCAAUGGUUUAGCAAAAGUCCUGCUUACUUGAUUAAAGGUUCAAACUGGGAUAUUGCACUGGUAACGUAAUAGUAGUAAAUGUUAUAACAUCAAAGCCUUCAGUGUUUCAUUCAUCUUUUCCUUAAAUGAACAGUUGGACACUGAAACACGCGUAUUUGCUUUUAGAGUUGCAUGAAACUGCUGAUACCUCUCUCAUGUCAUUAAACCGUUCAACAUGCAGCCUGCAGCUGGUUAGCCUAGCUUAGCGUAAAGACUGGAAGCGGGGGGAAACGGCUAGCCUGGUUUUCUUUAACAAAGAUUAAACAAACAUGAUAUGACAUGUUAAUUAGUGAGCUGUUUAGUGCUGGUUGGAGGAUUUUCUUUUAACCCCGACAUAGGCUAGCUGACCCCCUGCUUCUAGUCUUUGUGGAGAGCUAAGCUAACUAGCUUCAUGUUUACUGUGAGGACAAGAGAGUGGUGUCAAUCUUCUCUUCUAGCUCUAAAUGUAUGUUUUCCCCAGAAUGUCUUUUAGCAUUAAACAUGUUUCAGUUGACUUUACUACGAUCCAGUGCAUUAUUUAGCCUGCCUUAUAUUACAACAGUUUAUUACUAUAUUACAAACGCUUUCUUCAGCCUAUUCUACAUGCAAGGCUCUGCAUAUAAUGAUAAUCUUGAGAAAAUCAGCCACCGGCUUUAGAAAAGGAUUUCUGAUAAGUUUCGGGACACAUUCCCACAGAGCCUGAUAAACCCCGGGCAGAGCUGUGAGGGUAGCGUUCAGGACAGCAGAUGUUCGACUCUCGUUUCCAACAGCUGAGUCUGCACACUGAUUUUAUUUUAAACACCACCAUCUGGUUUGGAUAGACUGGGUCCAUCUUUCCCUCUCUUUUUUCCCUGCUGGCUCUCUCUCUCUCUCUCCCUCUCUCUCUCUUUCUAUCUAUCGGAUUCUGCACAGAUUUGGUCCUAAACGUUGCCAUCUGCUUACAUGAAGGCUGCGCUCACUAUUUCUUUCUCUCACUCUUUUACUCUCUCUGUCCUUGCCUCCUUCCUCCUGCUUUCUCCUGUUCAUUUUCUACUUGACUCUCUCAAGCUUUCUUCUUUCUGUCUUCGUCUCGUCUCUUUUUCUCUCCCCCCUCCUCCUCCACCACCACAGUUUACUCCCUGCAGCCCAGCUGCUCUUACACAGACUGAUAUGCACAACACAUGCUCAGCUGACACUCUCCGCCAAGUGUGUGUGUGUGUGUGUGUGUGUGUGUGUGUGUGUGUGUGUGUGUGCAGAGAGGGAAAGAGAGGAGCUACGUGGGUGUUGCUUUGGUUUGCGCAGGAGUUUGUCGAGACUCUUCAUACUUUAUUCCUUAGUUUCAUUGUGCAGUUUUUUUAUCGCACACGUGUGUCUUUGUGUGUAUCGGUAGACCCUUCAUACCACAGCGGGCGCACGAGACCGAUGACUAUGCUGAGAUAGUUGAUGAAGAGGACACAUACACCAUGCCCUCCAUCAGCUAUGGAGUAGUUGAAGCACGGGAUUAUGAGAUCCAGAGGGACAGGAUCGAGUUGGGCCGCUGCAUAGGAGAGGGUCAGUUUGGAGAUGUGCACCAAGGAGUCUAUAACAGCCCGGACAAGCCAUCUCUAGCUGUUGCCAUUAAGACCUGUAAGAACUGUACAUCAGACAGCGUCAGAGAAAAGUUCCUACAAGAAGCAUUGACGAUGCGUCAGUUCGACCACCCUCACAUCGUUAAGCUGAUCGGAGUGAUCACAGAAAACCCCGUGUGGAUCAUCAUGGAGCUGUGCACUCUGGGAGAGUUACGUUCCUUCCUUCAGGUGAGGAAGUACAAUUUGGAUUUGUCCAGUCUCAUUCUGUUUGCCCACCAGCUCAGCACAGCGCUCGCAUAUCUGGAGAGUAAACGCUUUGUACACAGGGACAUAGCAGCACGCAAUGUGCUGGUCUCUUCAGUCGACUGCGUGAUGCUCGGAGACUUUGGUCUGUCGCGAUACAUGGAGGACAGUUCUUACUACAAAGCUUCUAAAGGUAAACUUCCUAUCAAAUGGAUGGCUCCUGAAUCUAUCAACUUCAGAAGAUUCACCUCCGCCAGCGACGUCUGGAUGUUUGGUGUGUGCAUGUGGGAGAUCUUGAUGUUCGGCAUCAAGCCUUUCCAGGGAGUGAAGAACAACGACGUGAUCGGCAGGAUAGAGAACGGCGAGCGAUUGGCUAUGCCUCCUCAGUGCCCGCCCACCUUCUACAGUUUGAUGACCAAAUGUUGGUCGUAUGACCCCAGCAAGCGGCCGCGAUUCACCGAACUCAAAACACAGCUCAGCACCAUACUGGAGGAAGAGAAGCUUCAACAAGAAGAGAGACUUCGGAUGGAGAUGAGGAGACAAGUCACCGUGUCCUGGGACUCUGGAGGGUCCGAUGAAGCACCGCCUAAACCCAGUAGACCAGGUUACCCAAGUCCUCGCUCCAGUGAAGGCUUCUUUUCCGGCCCCCAACUCAACCACUUCCCGCCGUCAGCCCAUGGUGUCGUAGGGGGAGUAGGGGGCAGCUACCCUCCAAUGGAUUCCUGGAAUCAACACAGGCCUGAACACACGGCACUGUGGAGCCCUAACAUGGAGGACGAUGGGUGCGUAGGCCAAGCUGUGAUGGAGGAGAGGCUGAUGAUGCAGCAGCAGCAGAUGGAGGAUGACCAGCGGUGGCUGGAGCAGGAGGAGAGCUUCAUGGUUAUGAAGGCAGAGUCCAGAAACAGCAGAGGAAGCAUAGACAGAGAAGACGGCACACUACAAGCACCGGGUGGAAACCAACAUAUUUACCAGCCUAUAGGCAAACCAGAGCACGUGGCUCCUCCUAAGAAACCCCCCCGCCCUGGAGCUCCUUGUCAUCUAAGCAACCUGGCCAGUCUCUGCCCCAUCGACAGCUACAACGAGGGGGUGAAGCCGUGGAGGCUGCAGCCUCAGGAGAUCAGCCCACCCCCCACGGCCAACUUGGACCGCUCCAACGACAAAGUGUAUGAGAACGUGACGGGAUUGGUCAAAGCUGUGAUUGAGAUGUCCAACAGGAUUCAACCCGCAGCCCCAGAGGAGUAUGUCCCCAUGGUCAAGGAGGUAGGUCUGGCACUGAGGACUCUACUAGCGACAGUGGACGAGACACUUCCUGUUCUGCCAGCCAGCACACACAGAGAGAUUGAGAUGGCCCAGAAGCUGUUGAAUUCGGAUCUGGCCGAGUUAAUCGCGAAGAUGAAACUGGCCCAACAGUACGUCAUGACGAGUUUACAAAAGGACUACAAGAAGCAGAUGCUGAUGGCAGCGCACGCCCUCGCAGUCGACGCCAAGAACCUGCUGGACGUCAUCGACCAAUCACGGCUCAAGAUGAUCCGCCCGCAUUAGUGUCCGCUGCAGCCAAUCACAAAGAGAAGAGGACACUUAGAUCAGUGACGGACAGAUGAAUAAAUGAACUGAUGGACAGCAGACAUGACUGAAACAAUCAGCUCCCUCAUCUCCGUCAAACAUUUCUUUUUUGCUCUCCGGCGACACGUCGUGUUUCGCUCAAUAUCGUGAUGUUUUGUACUUUUGUUGCAUUGUUCGCUUUUGUAUCCAGAGAAACGCUUUUGUCCUCCAUCACGUAUCCUCAAAGAUAGAGUUGUUGUUGUUGUUGUUUUUGUAAAUCAUUCGUUACUACUUUUUAAACUUCGAAGAAAGUGAAUCAAACAAAGGUUUUCGGAGGCUCGCUUGAAGGACUGCAGAGAUAUUUUUGGUGUUCUGACACACCGACAAUGUGCCACAUAAACGUAUCACAGGAUGUAACAGCUGGAACUGAAGAGCCAGGACGAGGAGGAUAAUGAAGAUGAUAUGAUGUUGCUGUUUAAGCAUGCUUUUUAUAUCAUGAAUUAUUUACUAUUACUAUUUUCAGCCUUGACUCUUACAGCACAUCUGUGUUCAGUCUUCCUCUUGAAUAUAUUCGAAUGGGCAGAAACAAGUGAUUGACAGCUGCUCGUGAAUAGUUUCAUCUCUUUUUGUUCACUCUCUAGACCUCUCGUCUCAGGCAUCAUGAUUGAAAUAUGAAAUAUGAAAGCUGUGUUUUGAAGAACAAAGUAAAUGUCACAGGCCACUUUUUAAGUUAACUCGCAUAGUAGAUAUACAUAGAGGCUAUAUUUUUAACACGUUUCUGAGGCAUGAAUUGUGCGUGAAUAAGGGAGAAGGAUGAACGUGGGGGUGAAGGGACGGAGGUGGGGGAGGGGUGUUUUUUUUAAUGGUGGUCCUAAUUAUUAUGUACAGAAGGUAACCCUGUGCCAAAUGUACUGCCAUCGACAAAACAAAAAGGAUUAUUUCACUCAAAUUAUUUAGUUUUAUUCAAUAAUUCCACAUUUUCAGCAGCAACUCGCCGGUCAUGUUCUACAGAAAUGUUAAAUUCAUGGAUUCUUUGUUGCUUGUUUUGUAGAUUGAAGCCGUUGGGGGUUCCUUCGGUCCUAUUUGUCUUCUCACAAAUGUUCACUCGACAAUAUGCAGCGCAAGCUUUCAGUUACGCCCUCGCUGGCAAAUUUUGGAAUUGGAUUUUCAGGGACAUUGAAAUACUUUCUGGGGAUAGACAACAGUUGGGGGGGGGGGGUUGGUUGGUGGCCACAGGUCUUCAUUGGCUUUAUCUUGUAAAUCGUUCAUGUUCAACAUGAUUUGCUUUUUUAUCUCCCUUCUAUCGGUCCUCCUGUCUUUCUACCUCCCUCCACUGGACUUAUUUAUACUUUCCCUCCCGUCGGCCUCGUGCUGCUCUCCUCCCUCUGAUUCUCUCCAUUCCACCACUCCCUCCCCUCUGAGGUGAGCAAUAUUCUCAGGAAGGAGUCACAUGUACAGUUGCUGAACCGAGCAAAUAAAAACACUGUCAUUAAGCAA